AUGAACUCGCUGCUCGAGUACCUGCCGCCAGCCGAGGGCCUUUUGCCCAAAUGGAUCUUCUUCAUCUCGAUUGUAUCGCUCGGCAACAGCAUUCAAGCCUACCUCUCACUUGGCCCGACGCAGAAAGUCUACUGCGGCUCGAAGACUGUCCCAGCUGGUGUGCCUGCCAGUACCGUCCCCAAUGCUUCGCCCGUCACACCUCUUUCAGCUCGCACUUUCGGCACUUGGACCGCAAUCACUGCCAUCGUCCGUCUGUACGCUGCCUACAACAUCAACACUAAGCCCAUGUACGAGCUGGCUUUCUGGACAUACAUUGUGGCCUUCACCCAUUUCAUGUCCGAGUGGCUGGUCUUUGGUUCUACAAGAUGGGGCAAGGGUCUCGCUGGACCUGCUAUCGUUGCUACCACAUCUUUGAUCUGGAUGUACACCCAAUGGGACUACUACGUCAAGCCAUAG